ACACAUGUUUUUUCUUCCCCAAAGUUUCCAGAUAGCUAUUUCCACGUUAUUUCUCAUCCCCAGCAUUAUCUAUUAUUUCCACCCGUUAUUUCUCAUCCCCAAAAAGUGUCUAUUAUUUGCACGCGUUAUUCCCAUUUUCAAAAAGUGUAUAUAUAGUUUGUAUUUAGUUCUAAAUUCCACACACACACACACACACACACACACACAAAAUACACUAUUAAGUAUGAUAAGGAUCUAAAAAUCUGCAUCGCCAAUUGUUCCUGAACGCCAUGGAAGGGAGGGAUUUUUUGGUGGAAGGAGCGUUCGGAAAUGAUCAGACCGAUAAUCGAAAAAAGGUUCAACUCAUUGAUGAAACAGCAUUACUUCUUCUUCCAUUGAGCCAGCUCGUUCUUCAACUGGCAAUGAGAAUUUUAAAAAAGGAAGAACCUGAGCAGGAAGAUUCAGAAAUGAUAAAACAUAAUAGAAUAUUCAAGCAAGCUUCAUCAAAUGAGGGAAUUAAUGGAAAUCUGAAGGUCCUUAAGCAGCCGAUCAUGGCGUGGUUAGAAGAGCAAAUGGAUAUGGAUCCUGCAGCAAACUUAGUUAGCGAAAGCCAACAAAUUUAGAGAUCUAUCAAUGAAUUAAGAUUGGAUGGGAGAGUCUGAUCGGAUGGGAGAGACAG